GUUGCAUCUUCACUGCAGCACAACUGGUGUCUGCAGCCACACGAAGCAGGUGCGGUGCAGUGGAAACAUAGCAGCAGAGCCAGCAUGCUGACAGACACCCACCCCCCUCGCGAGUUGAGCCCCGUCCUCCUCGACUCAACUCGCGACGUCGCCGAUCCGUGACUGCCACUUCCUCCGUUUUGUUUUCCAAGUUUCAGGAUCCUCCUGCGCACCCAGCGGGUUAGUCGCUAGUCUCGCUCCUCGAUCUUCCUCUCUCCACGGAAUUCACCGCACGAACCGUGCAUCUCGCCCACGCGACUGCCGCCCGACCUGUCGCCAAUCGCAGGCCGUCGCAGUACCCGUCGCAGGAGAGCGACAGGCGCUGUCCCCCCACUCCUCCCCCCUCCCCCCUCGUCCAGAUCGGAGGCCCUAUUGGGGCCCGCGCUACUCGCUCCCCCGCCUCCUCCUUACCCCUUGCUCACUCGGUCUCGCCCCCUCCCCACGCCCUCUCCCUUCACCCUCGUGCCACCCUCCUCCGUGGGCCGCAUGCCGCGCACUCGCAGCCGCGUUGAGGCGCACACGGCCUUGCGGCACAACCAGCGCUCUGAGCUGCCUCAGCGCGACUUCCGCGGCAGGAGCAUGCAUCAGCACUGCGAGGGGGGUGUAUAGUCGGUCGCCCGUGACGCGUGUCAAACCAGUCGCUUCGGCAGACAGCAGAGAGAGAACGGGCUGGGGGCUAUGGCGUGUUUUCACGGCCGGAAGACUCGGACUGGUGCCAAGAGCUGGUAGCUACUAGCUAGUACACACGGAAACGGACGGACGCCUAGCGUGGCACGACGCUGAGUCCCCGCGGCAUCGCCCUUUACUCUCCCCGCCUUCCGUCCCGCUGCACACAGCCGCUCCCUCCCAUCCCGCCCCUCUCUCUUCUCCUCCCCCCACUUCUCUCCACCCCCGCCCCCGUCGCUUUCCCUCCCCCCCCUCCCCCCCUCCCUUGCUUUCCUCUCUCGCCCUUGCUCACACGCACACCCCCUACUGCACCAUCAUGGGCUCCACUUCCCCAGGUUCCCCCCACGCGCCGUCCACAUGCCGGCCUGUGCUGAGCGAGCGAGUGGUGGGGCACCGCAUGGCGCUGCACCGCAACGAACACAUCCGCUGCAUCGCUGCCCUCGCGCUCCCCACGCCCACGCCCAACGCUCACGGGAGCACCGGCAGCAGCAGCAGUGGCGUUGGACAUGGCAGCGGCAGUGUGCGCAUGAGCAGCAGUGUGUUUGUGGGCACGUCAGCAGGCCGACUGCUGCACCUCUCCCUCACCCACCCGCACACCACCCAACCCAACCAGCCCGCGGCUGCCGCCGCCGCAGCAGCAGCAGAAUCUCCCUCUGGCAACAAGGACCCAGCUACCAGCAGCGGCACUGAUGCUGCUUCUUCCUCUGCUGCUUCUGCAGCUGGUGCUGUUGCCUCGGGUGCUGCUGGUGCUGGUGGUGCUGGCAGCACCACAGGCUGGGGCUGGUUCACAGGAGGUCGGGUGGGCGCUGCUGCUGCAGCUGCUGCUUCCGAUGGUACUAGCAGUAUUGGUAGUGCAAGUGGUAGUGCGGGUGGCAGUGCGGGUGGCAGCAGUGCUGCACCUGGUGUGGGGGGAAGAGGCUUCAGUGAGCGUCGAGGCCCGGAGUUGAGUGUACAAGGGGUGUAUGUGGUGGGGAGGAGGGCAGUGGAGCGAGUGGAAGUUCUAUACAGUGUGGGUCUGCUGGCAGUGCUGUGCGAUGGAGGGGUGCGUCUCCUUCACCCUCACUCCCUCACCCUCGGCCCACCUGUUGGCCCUGCCUCCGGCACACUGCUCCUCGCUUCCCACCCUCAAUCCUCCUUCCCCGCUCCUUCUCCCUCCUCUCCCUCCUCUCCCUCCUCUCCCUCCUCUGCGCCCCUCCUCCUCGUCCUCCGCAGAAAGCUCCUCAUUUUCUCCAUCUCCUCCUCGGCCCCCCUCUCCCCCACGCCUCGCUGGGACGAGCUCUCCGUCACCCUGCAAGGGGAGAUGCUUAUAAAGGGUAUAGGCGAGCGAGAGGUGCCUCUAGCAGCAGCGUAUCUGGGAUCAUCAGUGAUCCUGGGUACAUCUCUCCAAUACCUGCAACUCUCUAUACCGUCAGGCCAACCGUUGCAGCUCUUCCCCCUGCCUCGCUCCUCCCCUGACCCCCCUCUCAUUGCUGGUAUCUCGCUGGGGUUGAGUCCUUCUGGGGUUACCUCCCCACGAGAGAGAAAGGUUGCUCCUGACGGGGCGGGGAGAGCGUCAAGAGUGCACGCAGGGGCAGGUGGAAGUGAGGCUGAAGGUACACGUGCAGCAGGAACAGGGGCAGGCGCGGCGAGUGGAGCAGCAGGAGAUGCAGCAAGAGGGGCAGCAGCAGGCGAAGAGGGCAGUUGGGGGAUCCAGCGAGAAGGGAUGCAGCCAGGCACGUCACGUCCUUCCAGUCGCACGCCUCAUGCACCCAUGCCUCCCUCAGCAGCAGCACAUGCCGUGAGAGCACAGUCAGCUCCAGUACUUGCAGCAGAUGCAGAUGCCGUGAGAGCAUUACCAUCAGCAGCAGCAGCAGCAGCAGCAGCAGGAGUAGGGGGUGUCUCAAUUCCUGCACCAGACCGCCCCCCACCCAUGCAUGCACAGGAAUCAGCAGCAGUAGUAGCUAUGGACGACAUAGGCGUAGUGAUAGACCCCUCCGGCCAGCCCAGGGGCAACCCCCUCAUCUUCCCCUCCCCUCCCAUCGCCCUCGCCUUCGCCCCUCCCCACGUCGCCACUGCUCUCCACCACUCCCUACACCUCUUCGACCCAGCCCAGGGCACCCUCCUGCAGACGCUCCCGGUGCCAGGGGGGGCGGGGACAGCUGGCAGGAGCCCAUUGGUGGCGCUGGCAGCGGAAAAAGGGGGUGCGGCGGUGGUGGCUGCGAGUGGGAGUGAGGUUUGGUGGGUGCCGCGGCUUUCCCUGGCGCAGCAGGCCCGGGAGCUGAUGAGGGAGAGGCGGUAUGUGGAGGCGCUAGAGGUGGCGCGGGGGAGGGAUGUGGGCGAGGAGAUGGAGGGGGAGGGGGAGGGAGAGGGGCAGCUUAGGGCAGAGGGCGGUGCUGAGCAAAGCACAGGGAAUUCUGCUGCUGCUGCUGCUGCUGGUACUUCUGGUGAUAUUGCUGCUGGUGCUGCUUCUACUGCUAAAGGGGUGCUUCCCCCCAUAACAUCCGCCCUACCACCCAGCAAUACAAGUGUGCCAUUAAGGAGCGUGUGGAGGAGGAGGGUAGCAGAGGCACAUGCGCAGGUGGGCCUGUUGCUGCUCUGGGACGGGGAAUUCCAAGCAGCAGUGCCGCAUCUGCUGGCUGCUGGAGGGGGAGUCUUCCAACCUGCAGAGAUCUUCGCACUCUUCCCCCACUUGACGGCCAGGUGGCGAUCGUUGAUUCCUCGUGCUCGUUUCUGGGGCCUGCACGCGCCCCUCUCUGCCCUGCACGACCGCCUGCUCUGCUGCUGCUUUCCCGCGCCCUCUGCCGCUCCCCCCCACCGCAACCACCAUCACCCCUCCACCACCACCUCCCCCUCCUCCUCCUCAUUACUCCCCUCUGCCUCACUUCCUGCACCAGCAGCACCAGCAGCAGUGGCAGGGAGGGAGGCGUUUACUGGAGCUAGUCCGGGCUCGUCUGGGGGAGGGGCGUCUGUGGGGUCUGGUGCGGUGGGAGGUGAGAGGGAGGGUGCGAGGGAAGGAGGGGAGCAGCGGGUGCAGCAGCAGCGGCGACAGGAGGAUGCUCGGAGGCGGUGCCAGGAGAGUGCGGUGAGCUAUCUGCUGGCAGUGCGGCAGCAGUGGCGGCACUACUGUGUGUCGGAGCAGGAGCAGCAGGGCCUUGACUCCCUGCUCGUGCUCCUGCUGCUAGCUCUCCACGACGCCUCCCGCCUGCUGCCGCUCUGCCUGCCCAGUGCGCGCAACCGCUGCUACUUGCCGGAUGUGGAGGGCUCUCUACUGCGCGCGCACCUCUUCCCCCCUCUCGCGUACCUGCGCUGGCAAAGGGGGGAUGCGGGGGGCGCUCUGGUGCUCUGGCGGGGGCUGGCGCUGGGGGAGCUGCGCGGGGGAGGUGGGGAGGAGGAGGCUGGGGGAUGGGCAGGGGCAGUGGGGACAGGGGCGGUUGGGCUAGAGAGUGAGAGCAGAGGGGGGAGGGACAGGGAUGGAGGGGAACAGAGGGAGGGGGAGUUGGGGAGAGGAGGUGUGGGAGGAGGUGGGGCGAGCGGCAUGCAGGGGCAGGCAGUGGAGGAGGCAGUGGCGAUACUGGCAGUGCUAGAGGAAGCUCCGCUGGUGCUGCAGCACCUGCCGUGGGUGCUGCGCCUAAGUCCCUCCAGAGCCCUCUCUGUGCUCACUGCCUCGCGCCCUCCCUCUGCUGCCCUGCCUGUUGACGAUGUACUGCGAGCCAUAUCCGCUGCAGGUCUAGAUCGGCUUGUCAAGUGGAGGUACCUGCAGUGGCUGGUGGAAAAACAGGCCAGUUGCAGCCAGCACCAUCACACACUCUAUGCGCUCGCUCUUGUUGACACUGCUGCCGCCGCCGCCGCCGCCGCUGCUGCUGCUGCUACAGCAGCAGGUACAGGAGUUGAAAGGAAUAAAGCGCCGACGGAGAACGGCCGAGGGGAGAGUUCAGAUGACCGUGGAGAGGAGGAAGGCAAGGGGCAUUUGGAGGGAUGGAGAGACGGGGGGGGGGGAGCAGGGAAUACAGGAGGAGCGUUGGCAGCAGAAAAAGGAGACGAGGAGAAAGAGGACGAGAAAGAGGGGGAGGACGAUGAGGGGGGGGAGCAAUGGGCGGGCUGGGGAGAGGCAGGGGGGGCAUCGCUAGCCAGGCUGUGGAGGCGGGUGCGGAAAGUGUCGAGGACAUUCCUGGAGUCAUCAGAGCUGUAUGAUGGCAGUGCUGUGUGGCAGAGAAUAAAGGACGAGCCGGCACUGCUUAGAGAGCAGGUCGUUGUGCUGAGGAGACUGGGCGACCACACUGCAGCCCUGCGCAUUCUCGCUCUGGAGUUGAAGGACAGUGAGGCAGCAGAGGCCUACUGUUUACAGCUCAACGACCCACAUGCCUUCGACCAUCUGCUGCACCUGUACCUGCACCCGGGAGCGGGCCUGCGCCCCAUGUUUGACGCUGCUGUGCGGCUGUUGCACUGUGGGCAGGCGCAUGUGGAUCCCAACAGCAUACUGCAGGCUCUCCCGGUUGACAUGCCGGUGCGGGAGGCGGGAGGCAUAGUGGCGCGGCUGAUGCGCGAGAGAGUGCACCGACACCGCCAGGGGCAGAUCGUGCACCAUCUCCUCAAGGCGCAGAACCGCACCCUGCGCGAACACCGAGUGGCGCUGCUCUCCCGCUCCGUGCUGCUGCCACUGCCACCCCACGCCAUCAUGCCGCCACCCUCCUCCUCCUCCACCCUCUCCUCAUCAUCCUCCACAUCACCAUCCGCCCUGCACAGCAGCCACCAUGCGGGCAUCAGUGUGUCGUCCACACGCUGCUCCGCGUGCCACAACCGCCUCUCUAUUGAUGAGCCCUUUGCUGCCAUGCCCAAUGGCUCCCUGCUCUGCCACCAGUGUUACACCCACGCCACCUCAAUUGCUAAUCAAGAAUGAUCAGUUUCUUGGUUGUUCAGUACUAGAGGCUUCCUUAUUCUUGUCAACUUAUACAUAUGCUUAUAUGUAGAAGUUAUAUGCUAGAAGGGUUUGUGUUCUUUAAGGGCACAACUCCAACCCUAUGUGCUCUUUGUACUGCCUUGUUCUAGUCACUUAAAUAAAUCUGAG